AUGUCAAAUUCCAUAAACCUGAACAGUGAAUCAAGUUCAAUUCGCAGCUCUGCGACCAACCAACCAGUCAUGUACGUUCUACCGGCAGUCAUAUCAGUCGUGUUCGGUGCCCUGUUGUUGUACUACUGGUACAGCUUUCAUCAGCCACUCCACGUGACCUUCGAGCGACUUCAACAACUCUCCGGAGCAGACGUUGCAAACUUUACCCAACUGAGGCUUCUCGGAACGCCGGGAAGCUUCCAAACCGUCAACGGAUCGUGGGAGCUGCUGCAAGACUUGGACAACAGUUGGAUGUACUCUGUACGAGUGUUGUAUAUACCGCCACGUGGGCAAGCCUUUCAGAAAGUUCCACUACCGUCUCGCACCAUCGGAGUUUGUGACCUGCUGGCCAGUGCAGCGUACAAAUCGUUCUGGGAUCAACAUCAGUACUCCACCAACUAUCCAGAUCCGAAAAACCGGUCGGCAAUUUGUCCCUUUUCUAGUGGAGCCUACUUCCUGAGGUCGGUUCCGCUGAAUGCUGGGGAUCUAUUGUGGGUUGGUAGACCGGGGAUGUAUCGGAUGGAUUUUUGUCUAGCCAAAGACGGCGUUUUGAGGAUGACUGAGGCGUUGUAUUUCAGGGUACAGGCAGUGGUAGGAGGUUAUUACUAUUGAAAUAAAAUAAAAACGGUAUUCAAACUAAUGAAAAUCAACAAUCUAAAAUCUCUAAAGCUUAAACUGAACAAAUGCAUUUUCAUGCGCAGCACUUUGUAUGUGAGCGAUGAGAAUUGAUGAGUUUUCUCGAUACUUGGAUAGUCGCAAUUUAAUUUUGAUUCUAUAAGUUGUACUGAGGUCAUUUGUAAAAGAAGUGAUUUUUUUUUGCGGUGGGCAAUCGCAUCGUUCCGUCCAGAACCGAAAUUGUACGGUUAAAUUGUACGGUUUUCAAACAUUACAUCGAAUGUGGCCUGCAUUGAAGGAGCUGGUGGGUAUGUCAGGAGCGCAAAUCCCAGAAUAAAGCAGUACUUGGGUAACAUGGUCUGCGUUGGGGUUUGAUGUAAGUUGUAAUGAUGUUUAUAGUUUUCUAAUAAUGUUUAAAAGUUUUGAUUGCGAUUUAAACAUAUUUUUUGUAUUUAUUUUUUAAUAGGAAUGCUUAAAUAAAGUUGCUACAUGCCAACAAUAAACGGUUCUAAUGUACUAUUGGCAUGCAAUUUGCAACAAAGUCAAUUCUUAUAUUUUCACCUCUUUAACAAUAAGGUCAGUGACUUAAACCAAAACAGAAUUUUGAAACUUUUAACAACCAAACUCCAAAUUAAAACAAACAAAAAAUGAGUUAAUCUAUUCAUCAAAUCGAUCGUCUUUUGUUCCUUGUCAAAAUACCGUGCCGUCUUCUUUUGUAAAACAAAAAAUAGCUAAAAUAACAGUCUUAAUUAUUCCCUCAAGCUCAAGACCCUCAGUUUUGACUACAGUUUUUUCAUAUUGAUCUAGAAUAAAAUAAUAAAUAUAAAUACGAUGUAACCACUCGAACAUUUUUUUAACAGAAAUAUGUUAUUCAAUUCAAGACAAAAGUGCAAAACAACCAUCUGAACGCAAAUUCCCUGACCUAUCCGUGGACAAAAGUGUUCGCGUGACGUAUGUCUGCCAAUCUGUCCCAGGGACCACCUGCUGGGAUGUUUGGAAGAGCCCCCCCGACUCGGGUCGUGACGACAGCCUUGCAAAAGUGUAAAUAUUUUUAGCACAUUUAUCAACUGCCCGUAACUCCUUCCCUGAUCACCAUAUAGGACAACUCUGCUGUCCAACUCUGGUGGCAGUCUGGAGGGCUAAUCCAGUUGUUUUUUCUUUUUUUUUCUUCUGAGCGUCGUCACACAUGAACGUGCGUCGGACAUGAGGAUUGCUGGGAUUGACACUUGAAAUUGAAAUUAAUGCGUUUGCUAGAAGAAUGUAUCCAAGUCGGCCAGCGCACACGUGGAGGUGUUAAUUAGCUUGCACGAAAGUCAUAUGUGUCCGACUAGCCAACUGCGAUUUGCAUACCCGGCAGGGGUUUCGGAUUCACGCGCGCACGACGGUAGUAUAAAUUGUGGCGCAAGCCUGGUACAUUUCUUCAGAACCAACCGUGUAGCGUACCAGUGUGGAACCAAGUUCGGACCAAAUCGGAUAUCAGUGAGCCCGGAGUGAAAAUGUUCAAACUGUACUUUGUGUUUAACCUGGUGUGCAUCUACUUGGCCAUCAAGAGUGCGUUCAGUGCGGAAGUGCCGGAUCCCAAU